UUUGACCCAUUUUUUUCCAAUAUCUUGAAACGUUUUAAGGAAAAAAGAUUUGAAGUUCAGAUGCCGUGACUCAACUUCACGACAAUGUCGCCAGGAUAAAUGACAUUGUUUCAAUGAAAAUUCAAACACAUUUCAUUUAUUGUAUAUCAAUUAUAGCUUCCAAUAAAAGAAAGUUGCCAACGUACAACAAAAUGUAGCACAAUCUGAUUGUAAUAAUAUAUAUUCUUUCCUAAAGUCUCACUCUGAUCAUCCUUUGAUCUAUUUUAAAACCUUCUCAGAGUUUUUUUUUGUUAUGAUUAUGCCAUUUUUAGCCCAAAUAAAAAACUUGUGACAUUUCUAGGACAAUCCCUAAAGGCCGUAGGUCAGCAGAAAUACCCUUCUGAGUUGUGAGCAAAACUGCAGAUGUGGAAUAAGCCUGCCCUCAUUUCCCAUCAUCCCUUUGUUCAUUUAUGGUACUGUCCUGCUUGCUUGCAGCCCCUUACAACCCCAAGCUAACAUUAGCAGGGCAACAGAAAUAGGGGCCAAUAUUGGAGCUAUCCAGCUGUACUGUUUUGAGCCAGAUGGCAGCCAAGAUGAGGAAAAGAAAGAUGUUAAUGGAUCUAUUUGUCUGUAAGUGAAUGCAUUGGAAGGAAGUACAGCAGGAAUUGGCUAUUGCAGUUUGUACGUAACAACUACAAGCUUUGUUUUACUGCAUUUUUUCGUCUGCUCCUGAUUCACAACAAUAUGAAUUAAAAAAUACUCAGAAACGCAAUUUUAAUCUUACGUUUUUAUGUCCUCCAUCAUAAAAAUAUAGCAAAAGAACAUGUUAAAACACUAUUUUUAUUGUAGGUUUUUUUUUAAAUAUGCACAUGCCUCUAAUAAUGUAAAGAUUUAUAGUUAGGAACAUAUUGGGUAACGUUCGUGAGACUCACCAAUACUGUUAUCAUCCACAACGCUUCAAACAACCACUGAACCCACACAAUGAAUAGCUUUCAUGUCUCAAAAGUUUAAGUUUCACAAUAAAAAUCUAUUCCACCUAGGAUUUGCUUUGGAUGCAAACUCAGUUAAAAAACUCAUGUAUAGGUGUCAUUUCUUUUCAAAGUAGUUAAAGCUCACUUGCUGCUGUUUUGCCUUUUUCCUGCUUUGUUUCCAAUGACAUUUACAACAGUUGCUCUGUGCUGACAGCAAGAGACCCAACGUGUUUGUUCCUAACAAAUCAGGUUCGUCCUGUUGGCCAAUGUACACAUUAGCUUAUGCUCUUUUUAUUUUCCACUUUUUUGCAUUAUGCUUUUUGUUUUUUACAAAGGCGCACAAUUUAGUUGUGGAUUUCAGAAGGACUCUCACGAGAAAUAGUAAAGAAAACAUGUUCUGAUGUUUUUAAAUCUAAACAUUAACUCUCGUCACUCCAUUUCUGUUGGCCACAGUUUCACAUGACAAAGUUUAUAUAUAAGAUGAAAAUUCUUCGUGAGACUGUAACCAGAGUUAUUGCUUGAAUGGGAGAAACCCCACAUAUUUUUUCUUUGACAUAACCAAAGAGACUCAUAUGGCUGCCUAUGUCUCUUGCUAAACGUUAUAGAAAUGCAAACAAUUCUAGCGCAGCUCUUUAGGGAAAUUAAGAAAUGAAACAGUUUGAUCAUGACCUCAUAAGAGAACUGCUCUGAAUUUUAAAGAGAAAAUAUUUAAGCACUCCAAAUACAAAGCGGCUUGUUCUAAGACAAAAAGUGUCAAAUUUCGUUGUGUUAUAAGGCCCUUUUUUUAAUUUCGCAACCCUUAUGGUCUGACUUUAUCAGUGGCAGACAGUGAUGUGGCAUUUUCUUUCUAUCGGCUCUGCUGUGUCAGGAUUUCCUUUCUAGAUCCACUUUGCAUAAAGCAUGAUGCGGUAAAAGUCAAGUUUGGACAGAAACAUGUGAGUAGAUUUGAGACAGCCUCUCUGUUUUAUUAUAAACUCAAAUAGGAGAAUUCUUCCAAUGUCGGCUAAGCAUCUUUGCACAGCUUCGGUUUCCAUUUUUUCUGCUCUACUUUGUAUGUAGGUCAUCCUUAAUGGACCAGCAUUUUUGCAGGAUGACAGUUCAGCACUACUGUAGUGUUAUCAGGAGCAAAUGACUGUUUAAGAAGCAAUGAAAACAUGCUGAAAAACCUGUGUCAAUGAAACCAAUAAAUAAUUAUUUUUUGGUGCUUAUAAAACUCUUGUGUUCAAGUUUUUCUUAGCAUAUCUAGUAUUUUAUGCACUCAUAUUUGAGAUACUGGGGCAUCAUCAGGGGAUCCACUGAAUCACCGUCAGUUUGAGACUGUAGUCUGGUCAAUUCACUGUCAAUGAGCCCCGAUUGAGUCUCUAACAAGCCUCUACCGUGCCUUUGAAUGAAGUAAAAACAGGAGGAUUGGAUGUGUCAUUUACAGCUGCAUCCGAAAGUGCAAAAAUUGCUCACAGCUGCUCCUCCAACUGAAGCAGAAGUGGCCUCUCGUUGUCUUUGGAUGAGCUAAAUCUCUACUGAUCUAUGCAAAACAGCAAAUACCAGCGUGUAGACAGAUCAAAGCUUGCCUCUACCAUGACACCCAGUGGUAAGUAAUGGCUUUCUGGUUGAGCUGGGAAGACAAAUUGCAAUGAUAACAAUCCAGUUUGACAAAUCAUUAUCCUUUUACAUGAUCUUGUUCUAAACUUGUCACUGAAAACGUUUAAUAUUUAUAAACUAAUAUCCACAGUAUUAAAAGCUAACCGUUGUUUUGGGGGCAAGGGUUAAAACAUAUAAGCAUUUAAGCAGUUGACUUUUACUCCAAAUCACAAAACAUCCAUUUUUGUGAAUCUUUGCUUGAGUGUAUCAGACAUUUUAAUAUGAAUAAUCCUUUUCCCUGUCAAACACAAUGUCUGAUCACUGCGUUCACUUUAAAAGUUUGACCGAAUGAGUGGCCUGGAUUUCUUUCAUGGUAGAUACCAAUCAAUAAGUUUUAACCAGAGCAACCAUACACCGAUUGGGGAAACAGAACUCCCGCAUUUCCUUUUUCAGAAUACCAUUCUUUCUCUUAAACUUGUUUUUUGAACAAAAAAAGAAGAAAUCUCUGAGAGUCUUUGUCAAACUAAUCAACAAAACCUUUGUUCAAAUGCCUGCAAGUGGCUGAAAAAAAACAAAGAAAGGAAUUAAUUAUCUGAAAGUAAGUUUGGACUCUGUUGUAUAGAUUUAAAUGGUCAAAUAUGGCAGCUGAUUUAGACGUGGUUAAUCUGUUUGUUAUUGCUGGAGGAACACUGGCUAUUCCCAUUCUGGCUUUUCUGGCCUCCUUCCUUCUCUGGCCAUCUGUACUCAUAAAAGUCUAUUACUGGUACUGGAGGAGAACUUUGGGCCUGCAGGUCCGUUAUGCAGAUUGUGGGGGUUAUCGGUUCUGUUACUCCUACAGAGGAAAGCCUGGAUUUAGACCUACUAUCUUAAUGCUUCAUGGGUUCUCGGCUCACAAGGACACAUGGCUGACUGUCGUCAAGUAUCUACCCAAACAUCUGCACAUCGUGUGCGUGGACAUGCCAGGCCACGAAGGAACAACACGCACCAACACUGAUGACUAUUCUAUUCAGGGCCAAGUCAGGAGGAUCCAUCAGUUUGUAGACACCAUUCACUUGAACAGGAAACCAUUUCAUCUGGUUGGAACCGCCAUGGGGGGAAAUGUUGGAGGCGUUUAUGCAGCCUGUUAUCCUUCAGAACUCUGCAGCAUGACUCUCAUUUGUCCAGACGGAAUUAGACAUCCGUGUGAGACCAAGUUUGACAAUCACUUACAGGACCUGGAGCACAGCAAUUACUCACUGAGCAUCCCACUGAUCCCGACCACACCGGAGGAGAUGGAGGACAUGUUCAGACUCUGCUCCCACGUUCGUUUUAGAAUUCCUCAACAGAUUCUUCAAGGAUUGGUAGACGUCAGACUGCCUCACAACACGUUUUAUGAAGAAGUAUUUAUGGAGAUUGUUAGUGAGAACUCAAGAUAUGCUUUGCAAGAGCACCUGCAUCUCAUAAAUGCCCCUCUACAAGUGAUUUGGGGUAAACAAGAUCAGGUGGUGGAUGUCUCCGGGGCAAGCGUUAUUGCAGAGCUGUUGCCUGGCUGCAGGGUAGACCUGCUGGAUAACUGUGGUCACUCCGUGGUUAUGGAGAAGCCUUGUCGGACAGCCAGACUCAUCCUGGAGUUCAUUAUCUUGCAGCAGAAUGCCAGAGGUGGUACCAAGAAAUCGUCCUGAAUAGAAGAUUAAGGGAACAGAUCAAAUAUGUAGCCUAUGUGAGGAAGAAGCACAGAAGUAGAGAAAAAUAUGAAAAAUGAUUUAUUUGUUUUGUGUCUCCAAUUUGACUAAUAAAGUUGGAUUAGAUAUGA